AUGAAAACUCCAUGUGAAGCUAAUGUUACUUCAAAACAAUGUGCUGAUGUCUUAUCUGAGCAACGAAAGCAAUAUAAAGGUAAAGAGUUUUAUGGAGUUAUCAAACAUUUUCAAGAUAAAGCACUAGUUGAUCUUAACCAAUAUUUUGUUGUGGAUUUAUUUGAGGAUGGGUCGCCUAGAAAUACUUUUUGGGCUGAUGGAAGGUCAAGGGAUGCCUAUCUUAAAUUUGGAGAUGUUGUUGUCUUUGAUGUUACAUACAUGACAAACAAAUUUAAGAUGCCAUUUUCUCCUUUUGUUGGGGUGAACCAUCAUGGUCAAUCAAUAUUAUUUGGUGGUGCAUUGCUAGAAAAUGAAAAUGAAGAAACUUUCCAAUGGUUAUUUGAGCAUUUCUUAAAGUGCAUGUUCAAUAAGUACCCAUCUGCAAUUAUAACGGAUCAAUACAGGGCUAUGGGCAUGACAACAUGCGGACAAAGCGAGAGUAUUCAUUCCUUUUUUUUUGAUGAAUUUGUUAAUUCCAAGACUAUGUUGAAUGAGUUUGUGGUUCAGUAUGAUAAAGCAGUUGCAUCUCGAAGAGCCGUUGAAGAAGAUGAGGACUUUAAGACUAUGAACUCAAAGGCAGUUCUUUCGUCAGUUCAUCCAAUAGAAGCAAAAUCUGGAGAUUGUUAUACUAGAAAGAUUUUUGAGGAUUUAAAAAAAUGGAAUCUAACUCAUGAGACACUAAGCAAAUGUACAGAAGAAAUCAAAUAUCGGGUUGGGAAAGUGAAUGUUGAUAGAGCACAUUGGAGACUUGUCAUCUUUCAUCUCAAAAAUCAAGUGAAUGUCACAUGUUCAUUUGCUAAAUUUGAAACAUAUGGCAUAUUAUGCAAGCAUUGUCUAUAUGUGAUGAAGAAGAGACAUGUUCAAACCCUUCCUAAUCAUUAUAUUUUACCUAGGUGGACACUUGAUUCUAGGUUCAAGGUGAGCACUUGUAGCAUUGGAUUGGACGAAAUGAAUAAUGAAAAGCAAGUCAGUGCCUUAACCUUAUGGUAUGUGCGUGCAAACAGUAACAAAGCAAUCGAACAUGCAAAAACUUCCCCUUCAAAGAUAAGAAAACUCAACAGUUUAUUAGUAAAGUUUUUAGAAGAUGGAGUUAUUCAGAAUAAGCCAAAUGCACCUGAAAGUCCAUCUCAAAGUUCUUGUGCAGGAUUUACUCAAGUAGACAUGAUGCCUCAGUUGUCUAUUCGGGAUCCUACUAUCCUGAUUAAUACGAAAGGACGUCCUAAAAAUGAAACCAGAAUCAAGUCUUCUUUAGAGAUGGCGAAGAAAAAGAGAACUUGUUCUCACUGA